GUAGAAUCAACUGCGUUGUGUCUGGUAAGUGCUGUCGCGCGUCAUGCCGUAUGAAUGCCGUGCUGGCCUCUGAGUGGCUCAAGAGGGUUGCUCUCGCCAGUUCGCCGGUUGAUGCUGCAGGAUGGUGCGCCGACCACUGUGGUUGCUCGCGGCCCUGCCCUGGCUGGCCGCGUCCGACCUGCCAGUCUUCGACGUCGGCGGCGACUGGGGGCGGCUGGGCGACCUCGCGGGCGGGCGGAUGAGGAUUGGGGUACCACACCACGUCUCCCACCACGGCCCGGCUGAGGUCGAUGCUGCGGAACGAGAACGUCUCUGCCGCGCUCGACGGGCUCCUCGCCUGGCAUUCGGCGGCCUUCCCACGCUUCGCGCAGGAGCUGCAGGCGAUGGCCCAGGGCGCCGGCCUAGGCUAUCGGGACCUGGCCGCGUACUCGUUCAAGAACGAGCUUUUGGCGGUGUUCGCCGAGCAGGCCCCCGACUCUGAGCGGGAGGCGUGCAGCGACGUGCUGGUCCACGACCAGCAGAGCCACGUGCACGGCCACAACGAGGACGGCGAGGAGCAGCUCGCAAACUUCAGCUACAUCGUCAGAACGGACGACUUCGAGGCGAUGGUCUACCCUGGAGCGUUGGCAGGUGGAGCUUUUGGAUUUAACCGCCACGGCCUUGUGGUUACAAUGAACGCGCUAUCCCCACGGAGUGCCAUUAUCAAGGCGGGCUGUGCAGGCAAGUAUUGGCUUGGCCGGGCAGUCCUGGAGGCCGAGUCCAUCCAACAGGCCAUAGGCAUCCUCGAGCGGUUUUGCCACGCCUAUGGCAUGUCCUUGAAUGUCGGCUCGGUGGUCACCAAAGAGCAAGUCAACAUCGAGGUCGCCCCUGGAGGCGGCGUUUCUGUAUGGAACGUCUCGGGAGGCAGCUACUUCCACGCGAACGCAUACCUCCACAUGAACGUGACGGAAGACCCACAUUUGUCGCCGUCCAGCGCUCACAGGGAGGCAAGGGCUCGGCAGCUCCUGCCUGCUGUGGGUAGGGACGGCGUCCUCAGGGUCCUCGGAGACACGCAGGACAAGCACUGGCCGAUCUACCGCACGCUCGGCAACGGGGACUACUCUGUCACCCUGGCCACAGCGCUGUUCGACUACGACCGCCUCCGCGUCGACAUCUGGGCCGGCAGCAACCCGAGGCUUGCCCAGCCGCUGCUCACGCGCUGGUUGCUGGAGCCACCGCCCAUGGAGGGGCUCGGAGCGCUGGUCGUGUGACGGUGUUCAGCUUCAUUGGAGGCGAGCAGUUCGGCCCGGUGGCCGCGUUCCCCUCCACGCCCCUCUUUCAAAAGAGACAGGGCCAGGGCGGGAAGUGAGCCAGGCAGCCGUCGAGAAAGAUCUGUCAGAGGGGGCCUGGCCCGCUUCUUGGAGAAGCAGGGGGCUGCCCCCCAGAAGCAUGCGCCAUGGAGGGGUGCAGCGCCGAGUCAAGAAAUCCGCGCAGAGCUCUCAACGUCCAAGUUUCCUCACUAAAUACUCCGGAACUCUUGGAACGCACCCUGAGCCAAUAAUUCUCUCGUCGUGGCGGAAGUCUUGUGCGAAUGUUCAGAGGCCACCUGUGUGGGUCAUGUCGCGGGUUGGCGUCGGCUGCCCGUGUGACGCCCGCAGUGUUGGGAAAAGCCACUGUCACACGGACCGCGCGGACGCGACGGCUCAAGAGAUCACUAAGAGCACCUUGGCCUCCCCUCCAUCCUUUCCCUACCCUCCUGCGCCCCGCUGAGCGCAGGACGAGGACCGCGAGGCGAGCGGGUCCUGAGGGAGACGACGAGCCCUGCAGCUCUUCCGCCGCCUUCGGGGCGGGCCGCGACCGUCCAAGAGCGUGCAGGGAUCGCCGGUUCCGGGGGAAGGCCCCGGGGUCCAGGACCUGUCUCCCUCGGGACCCUCUUCCUUCAUGCCAGGAGGAGGAGAGGCGAGGGGGCGGCAGUGGGGGC